AUGCCAUACAUUCCUGACGUGCUGUCGCCGGCAAGAACAAUAACAUUCCAUGAGAGAUUCAUAUGGACUACACUAGCAGUUUUGAUCUAUCUUGUGUGCUCUCAGGUUCCGCUAUUUGGGAUAAUAUCAAGCGAUACCGCAGAUCCAUUGCAAUGGAUGAGGGCGAUGAUGGCUUCAAAUAGAGGAACAUUAAUGGAUCUUGGAACAAGCCCGGUCAUAACAUCUAGCCUGAUAAUGCAGUUUUUGACAAUGUCGGAGAUACUGAAAGUGGACUGGGCAAUCAAGGAAGAUAAGAACCUUCACAAUGCAACGCAGAGAUUGAUCGCCUUCAUAAUGACGGUGGGACAAGCAUUUGUGCAGGUAUACACUGGGUUUUAUGGAAGCCCUCAAAGCUUGGGAACCACAUAUUGCCUAUUACUUGUUGUUCAAUUGAUAUUCUCAGGGAUCAUAAUCAUCCUUCUUGAUGAGCUUCUCCAAAAGGGAUAUGGACUAGGGAACGGGGUGAAUCUGUUUAUUGCAACGAAUGUUUGUGAAAACAUUAUUUGGAAGGCAUUUAGUCCGAAAGUCUUUUUUACAGGAAGGGGAAUGGAGUUUGAAGGAUCGCUUAUCUCGUUUUUCCAUCUUCUAAUCGUAAGGAGAAACAAGUUUGCAGCACUGUACGAGGCCAUGUUCAGGCAAAAUCUUCCAAACAUGUUUUCAUUAAUAUCAACAAUCGUGAUGUUCAUGACGGUUAUCUAUCUGCAAAGUGUAAGGGUUGAGCUUCCUACAGAAUCAUCACAAGUCAGGGGACGAAUAGGAAAGUUUCCUAUCAAGCUGCUGUACACCUCUACAAUGCCGAUCAUUUCGCAAAAUUACAUUGUCGGGCAUUUUUCAUCGAUAUCAUCGUUCUUGUAUAAAAGAUGGCCACAGUAUUUGUUUGUAAGAAUGCUGGGGAUAUGGAAGCCUUCUAAGAAUGGAAGGACCGUUCCUGUGAGUGGAAUUAGCUACUACCUCACAUCUCCGGAAUCAAUUGUAGAUGGGUUGAAGAAUCCUUUCCAGCUUGUGAUCUACCUGUUCAUCAUGUUUACGACAUCAGCAAUUCUCAGCGUGUCGUGGCUUGAGUUGAACGAAUCGUCUCCGGAAAAGACUGCACAGAAGCUGAAGGAAUCCAAGAUGAAGCUAAAAGGUGUAAGGGAGGGAAACACAGCAAAUGUUUUGAGUAAGUACAUUCCCACUGCCGCGCUUUUGGGAGGAAUUCUUACAUCGAUGGUUGUGAUCAUGUCCAAUCUUUUCGACACGAUUGGAAGUGGUACAAACAUCUUUCUGGCGAUAUCAAUUGUAAGUCAAUACCUUGAAAUGUUUGCUAAGGAGUCGAUCCAGAAGAAUGAUGAAAUACGUUUUGUUGAAUAA